AUGCCGGCCGCCCAGCGGGUUCUCAUCUUGCCCGAGCUUCUCGAAAUCAUCUUCAUGUUCAUCCAACUCUGCCACCCCUUCACAAAGGAGAUAUCGGAUACUCAACCCCGCACAGGGAAACAAACGCACUGGGGCCACCACCGCAUUCUACGCUGCUGCGCUUUAGUCAACAAGGUAUGGUAUCGAGAAGCCGGGCCCUACCUAUGGAAACAGAUCGAGGAAGACGAGGACGACGAGAAAUUCUUAUUCAUCCAGGACUGUUUCUCUACCGUCGCUACUCCGCGGAAGCAAUACUAUGCUGGGUUUAUUGAGCAAGGCACUGUGGACAAUUGGUGGAGUGAUCCUCAUCCGCUGAAAGAUUUAUCCUUUGAUCGUUUGACGUCCCUACGCAUCUGGCUUGAUCAACACGGUCAACGUAUUCCCCGUCUGAAGGCGCCCAGGCUUAAAAGGUUGGAGAUAGCACCAAAGGAUCCCUCUUUUUCCGACCCUAUGAAGCAUUGUUUCGAAGGGCUCGUAGACGAGUUGGCGAAGUACAUCCCGCGCAUUUACCCGCAUUUGAGAAUAGUGAUAUUUGCCGUGAUAAUGCCUACUCCCCAUUUAGUGAAAAGGCUCAUGAAACGGCUGCCAGAGCUAAAGGUGAUUCAUUACGUACCUCCCCCGGAAAACAAUGACGAUCAGGAUUGA